UUGUUAUACUUUGGCACUUUUGACAGUUAGCAUUGUAGCUAAGAGUUGCUAACGAUCCCUAACAUGUCCGUAAAGUAGUGCGCACAGAGUUAAUUUCACGGAGUGUUACUUUUCAGGGGGCAGUUUUGGAGCCCUUCGUUGUCAGAAAAUGUUUUCGUCUGUGUGGAAUUUUGUCAAACGUCACAAAAAGAAAUUUAUUUUCACCGGAGCUGUAGUUGGAGGAUUAUACUUCCUGGGUAAAUAUGCCCAGAAGAAGAUCAGGGACAUCCAGGAGAAGGAGGCGACGGAGUACAUCGCCCAGGCGAGAAGGCAGUACCACUUCGAGAGCAACCAGAGGACCUGCAACAUGACCGUGUUGUCCAUGCUCCCAUCGCUGAGAGAAGCCAUCGUCAACCAACUCAACUCAGAAAGUCUAACUGCGCUGCUGAAGACCAGACCAGCAAAUAAACUGGAGAUCUGGGAGGACCUAAAGAUCAUCAGCUUCACUCGCACCGUUGUGGCCGUCUACAGCACCUGCAUGCUGGUCGUCCUCCUGAGAGUCCAGCUGAACAUCAUCGGAGGAUACCUGUACCUGGACAACUCUGUAGGAAAGAGUGCAACAACGUCUCUGGCUCCACCUGACGUCCAGCAGCAGUACCUGUCCAGCAUCCAACAUCUGCUGGGAGACGGUUUGACAGAGCUGAUGACGGUGGUGAAGAGGGCGGUGCAGAACUCCCUGGGAGACGUCUCCCUGAAGCAGAGUCUGUCUCUGCUGGAGCUGGAGCAGCAGCUGAGCUGGAUCAGGGCCGAGGUGGAGGCCGGAUCCGAGCGCCCGCUCACCUGGUACAUGCUGGCGGACGACGAGAACGCUCUGGCCGACCAGGCGUGCGGGUUGACGGAGAACGACGUGUUGACCAUCAGACUGUUGAACGAGACCAGAGACAUGUUGGACAGUCCAGACUUCACCACCGUCCUCAACACCUGCCUGAACCGGGGCUUCUCCCGUCUCCUUGACAACCUGGCCGAGUUCUUCCGCCCGCCGCCCGGUGACUCCGCCCCCAGCUGUGCACCUGACAGUCUGUCUGCAGUCAGUUUGCCUCUGGCCAAGAUCAUCCCCAUCAUCAACGGACAGAUCAACACCAUCUGCAGCGACAUCCCCAGUCACUUCGUUCAGGACCUGCUGAUGAACGACCAGGUGAAGGAAUUCGCCGCCAACGUGUACGAGACGUUCAGCGCUCCACAGGAGCUGCAGAAGUAACCGAGGAGAGAGGGAUGAAACCAGGAAUAUAAUGUGAAGUCCCGGACUGUUAAUCCCUCCGUCCUUUCUUUGAGACGCUCGGCUCCUCCGCGGUUUGAGGACAUUUUGCUCUACGAGAAAAGACGGAGCAGCGUCAGAGAGGAGGAGGAAGAGGAGGAGGAGGAGGAGGAGGAGGAGAGAAGAGAGCUCAGCGCACAGCCCGUGAUUAAGCUUAGGACCAUUGCAUCUUGGGAAACGGAGUCUUAUUUAACCCGGUAGCGAGGGAGGCGGAAAACCCAGGAAAGUGUGCGGUGAAGGUUUGGCCACUUCUUCUCAUAUUCAGACUUUAUCAGAUUUUACUCAGAUUUUCUAUCACACUUUUUUAUCACUUAAAUCACCAGAUGGUUUUGUUUUUGGUUGUUUUUUGUUAAUAUAUCAUUUUUUUUUUAAAUUUUUUUCUGGCCAUUGUGGGAAAAAAAACUGCAACUGAAUGUGAACUAAUCAAAAUGUCAUAAAAAAGCUGAGAGUUUUUUAAACGCCGUCUCAUCGGAGCGUUUAAUUAAACCUCUACGUCCUGUAGUUCCUCCUUUGGCCAGAAGGUGUCACACUUUGUUUUUCUCUUAUGGUCCUUGAACAGUUUAACAGGAGUAAAAUUCAGCCGUGAUUCUAUUUUAUAUCUUUCUAUCUGUGCUUUCCACUCUCCUCGAUUCUCAUUUCCCUCUAAAUCUGUUUCGUGACGAAGCCUGAAACGUUUCUGGACUCGUAAUAAGACUGUUCUCUAAAGACGAAAAGAAACCUUGAGGCAUCUUGAAGGUGUUUUCUUUAAUUAUACCAGAAUAAUGUGUGGGUUACGGGUUCAGUUAUGAAAUUUGUCUCAUGUUUUUACACUACAAACUAAAGAGAAAUGCACCUCUCAGCGUUAUUUUUUACUACUCUGACGUCUGUUCUGUUGCCCGAAAGAAAAAAAAAAAACUUCUGACCAAACAAGUUUCUCUAUUUUUGUGGCUGACUGAGCAGAAAAUCUGAUUAUCGUAGUGGAAAAAAAAAACUCAUUAACUCACCAGAUAUUUUCCAGCAGUUUCCUUCUCAGGUGACGAUGAAAAAUAAACAUCAGGUGGCGGUUCGUUCUAAACUUAGUUCCUGAUUCCUGAGUUACAUAAUCGAAAACAAAAUCUGCUGAUGAUGUAAAAAAAAAACAAAAAAAACUUGUCUGUAAUAAGAGAAACGUUAUUUAUGCCCUUUGAAGUACGAACGACAACUUUGUUCCUAGAAAGUCUGUAGAGAUAAUAAAUGAGAUUUCAUAUUCUCCCU